UCCAUGAAGACCUUUAUCAAUUAAAGGAGAAAUUAGCAAACUUCCCACUUGAGGAAAGAGGAGCAACUCUAGACAUUCAGAAUCUUGAAACAGCAAUCAAAAGGACUGAAAUGGGGUUACGAAUUCACAUUGAGAAGUAUUUAAAUGUUGUAAACCAUCACGUGUUAACGACUCCUAUUAGUGGUGAUAAGUUAUAUUCUUCCCACACUUCCGAAUGGUUGCUUCCAACUGUAAUUAAUCAGAAAUCAUUUAUUUUCCCUUUGGAAUCUGAGGGUAAACUUUGGCAACCCCAAAGACAGCAUAGUACAUCUCCACAUGCUUUGCCAAGGAUAAAGCAAAAGAUAGGGCUGGAUGUAAAAAUCAUGCAGGAUCCUGAGAACACCCAGCACAGAGCUGCAGUCCAUGCGCACUAUGGAGUCAGUAUGCCAUAUAUUAAUCAGAGAAAAGCACAUGGAUUUUAAGUAUGAUAGAGCGAGGACUGAUUCCACCAACAGCAAGGAUCACCUUUCAGAAUCCACCCAUUGUACCCAGAGCGGCUCCUCUGCACAAUUUUGAUGAAGCGCAUAAGGUUCCAGCUGCUGCCCUGUUCGCUACAACUCAGAAGCCACAGCCGAUUCCAGAAGGGAAGACCUCACCCAAGAAACAAAGAGCAAAGGGGAAAGGCAAAAGGUCAAGAGGACCUCAGGAGAAGAAGAUCUUAAAAGUGACCCCACCUCCCAGAGCUCAGAAAUCAUCCUGGGAUCACGACUUUUUCAUUUAUGAUGGCGUCAUAGAUGACAGAGCUCCAGACUUCUUAGCAUUCAAGACACAUUAUCGUUUAUCUUGGGGAAGUAUUUUCUCUCUCUUGGAACACAUCAAGAAGUUUCUCAGGGACUAUGCAAUACCAGAAGUCAAAAUAAAAGGGAACAAUUUGGUAGCCCUCCUUCCAGAGUUCGAGCUGAAGAAUAAACUUACCAGAUAUGACUUCCUCUCAGUGGUGGAGAACCCUCUUCCCAUCCAAAAGAUGUUAACGGUUCCUGGGCAAAGGUACAAGGGGCAAAGUGGGAAGUUAAACGCUGCCAGCAAGAUCCAGGCCACAUGGAAAUGCUACAAAGCCAGGAGAUACUUCCACAUUUUUCGACAGAAGAAGUGGGCGUCGGGUGUGAUCGCCAUCGCGUGGCUCUUACAUUGCCACAAGACCCGGCUCAAGAAGAUCCUGAAGGAGUCACGGGAAAGACAGCUGCAGAAUUUCCGAAUCCGCGCCAAGCAUCUGGCAGCCAACUGGAAUCGCAUCAGGACCUCCAGGAGGACUAUUAUCCAUAUCCCAUCAUUAGGUAUAACACUUUUGCCUGCAAAUCUAUCAGCAACCUCUAUUACCCACCACAUUAUGGCUCCUUGA